GGUGUUGAGGAAAGUGAAGUAAACAGUUCACGCCGCUGAGAAUCCUGUGGAUUCGGCUAAAUGUUUCGCUGGUUUUAUUUUUUGUAACUGCCUACGUACAACAUUUAUUUAGAAAAUUCCACCUCGGUCAUGAUGUGGAUCUCAAAUAUUUUAACUGUGUUCUUGGUGUACGGAGCAGUGUCGGAAGGCAAACCAUUGACCACCACUCCAGAUUUUGGGAAGACGUACCACGUGAAAGGUGUGAUUUCGCUGCCCUACGCUGAGAUCAAAGAACCAUUUGAGGCCUGGUAUGACCUGCAGGGGGAGACAAGUCGCAUCGACUACUAUCAUGGUCAGGUGUCCACAUUCCAGAAGGGCACGGAGAAACCCUGGGGCUCCAGCUACAAGAUCUCUCCCGAGACGACGGAGACUGAGGUGAACGUCAUGAAGUGCUUCCAAGUCAACGGCACGAAGGAGGACCCUGUCAAGCCCCAGGCGGCCUUGCCCAGCCUGGAGGGCUUCCAGUAUUUGCGGAAGGAGUACUUCAGUGGCGUCCUGUGUGAAGUGUGGCAGAACGUGACGGUUAUGGGCCAUAAGAAGAACACCUACACCCUGUGGGUGACACGCCCAGAGGGCGAGAACGAGCCCGCCACGCCUUGGCACUACGAGAUGAUGGGCUACAACACCCUGCUGGGCUCCCAUUAUGACAAGUACCUGGUGGACUACAGGGAAUUCAGCUCCCAUGUGGACCCCAAGGUCUUCUCCCUGCCAGAUGGCAUCACGUGUGGAUCGUUCCCGGGGCCGGGGAUGGAGCAUCAGCUCCUGGCCAAUCCCAUGAAAGACCUGGUCCACACCUCCCCUGUGGGCCACGCCCAUCGGCUCUUUGGACACUUCAAGGAGAAAUUCCAGCGUCGCUAUGGUGAUGAGAGGGAGCACGAGGAGCGGGAGCAUGCCUUCGUUCACAACGUGCGCUUUGUCCACUCCAUGAACCGCGCUGGCCUCUCCUAUCAGCUGGCUCUGAACCACUUGUCCGAUCGCUCCCACGCCGAGCUGGCUGUGCUGCGGGGCCGCAGGGGAGGCCACACCCCCAACAAGGGGCGUGCCUUUCCUAAGGAGGCCUACGCCUUGGUGCAGGUCCCCGACUCCCUCGACUGGAGGCUUUAUGGAGCCGUCACCCCGGUGAAGGACCAGGCUAUCUGCGGCUCCUGCUGGAGCUUUGCAACCACUGGGGCAAUAGAGGGCGCUCUCUUCAUGAAGACGGGGUCCCUGGUGGUUCUCUCUCAGCAGAUGCUGGUGGACUGCACCUGGGGCUUCGGGAACAACGGCUGCGACGGAGGCGAGGAGUGGAGGGCAUACGAGUGGAUAAUGAAGCAUGGGGGAAUCUCCACCAUGGAGACUUACGGGGCGUACAUGGGCAUGAAUGGCUUUUGCCACUACAACCAGUCUGAGAUGACCGCACGCAUCCAGAGCUACACCAACGUGACGUCGGGUGAUGCCGACGCCCUGAAGCUGGCGCUGUUCAAACAGGGGCCUGUGGCGGUCAGCAUUGAUGCCGGCCAUCGCUCUUUCGUUUUCUACAGCAACGGAGUGUACUACGAGCCUGCCUGCGGCAACAAGACUGAGGACCUCGACCAUGCGGUGCUUGCAGUAGGGUACGGUGUCCUGAAGGGGGAGCCCUACUGGCUGGUGAAGAACUCGUGGUCUACCUACUGGGGUAACGACGGCUACGUGCUCAUGUCCAUGAAGGACAACAACUGCGGCGUGGCCACCGAUGCCACAUAUGUCACCCUGGCCUGAGAGAGGCUGCUGCCUGCUGCUUGCUGGAACAGCCACAGAGAAAAAGGUCUGCUGUGUGGGUGUCUUCUGUCCAAAACAGGGUGGAGUUUAAUCAUGCACUUCUCAUUGGUCGCAAGGGUGUAACGAUGACAAGAGAACAGAGAACGAUUAUUGGUUGUAUGGUGUGCCUGUGUUCUGUGAGGGUGGGCUAAGAUACAGUAUUGUUGGGUUUUUUUGUUUUUUUUUUGCUGGCCAAGCUCUGUCAUGGUGCCUCGCACAAGCACAAAAUCAAUGCAAAAUGGCUUUUAAAUCCACAGAAUCGCCCUGUGUUCAAUUGUGAUUUGUUUAAUAAAGA